CGAGAGACUUCUGUUGAAGCUGGGAGAAGCGCAGAGGAAACUUCUCCUGCAGCUUGGCUUCUUACUCACUCCCUUACAUCGGACUUUAUUCUAAUUUCUGCUUCAUAGUACGGAAUGUAUGUUUGGUAGCCUUAAACAUAAAUCAGCACUCGAAAAGUUCUUCAGAUUUCCUGAUCUUGGGUGGGAAGGUGAAUAGGGAUGAUGAGACUGUCGAUCCUCCUCCUGUUGUUUGUGGUAGUGCACACACAGGGCCAGAUUCCGCCCACCCAGACUCCCUGCUCAAAAGUAACUGAAUGCCCAAUCGACUUGUACUUUGUCAUCGACACAUCUGAGACCAUAGCUCUGCAGGAGAACCCACCUGGCAGCUUGGUAGACAGCAUCAAACAGUUCACCGCUGCAUUUGCUAGGAAACUAGAAGAUGUUAAAUACAAAGGUUUAGUUCAGAUCAGCUGGUCUGUAGGAGGCCUUCACUUCUCCCAGCGGCAGGAGAUCAUCAGUGCCAUCACCAAUAAAAAUGAUUUCAUCGCUAAGCUCCUAAAAAUAAAUUACCUGGGCAAGGGCACAUACAUUGACUGUGCCAUCACCAACAUGACCCAGCAACUGGUCCGCUCGCCAUCCAAACCCAAUGCCAAACGCUUUGCGGUGGUAAUCACCGAUGGUCACGUGACAGGAAACCCAUGUGGUGGGAUCAAAGUGGCGGCAGAACGAGCACGUGACGAAUUCAUUAAGAUCUUCUCUAUCGCAUCAUCCAGGAACCUAGAGGAGACGGGACUCAGGGAGAUCGCUAACUCACCUGCUGGAGUUUAUCGUAACAAAUACAUGGCGGUUGAUCUCGCGGGAGUGCAGCCAGUCAUAGUGCAAUCAACAAUCGAUCGCAUUUAUGACAUAAUGCUUCAUCUGGCUUAUCAAGAGUGCUACUCUACGAAAUGUUUGGAGACUCCAGGACCUCCAGGUCCAGCGGGACACAGGGGACAGAAAGGAGCUAAAGGAGAUAAUGGCGACCCCGGUCUUAAAGGUCUAAAAGGACGUCCUGGAGAUCCAGGUAUUGAGGGACCCAUUGGACAUCCUGGACCUAAAGGAGAGCCUGGUCUCAAAGGUGAAAAGGGAGAAAUUGGAGCACAAGGAAAGAAGGGUGUUGCAGGAACGCAGGGCCGAAAUGGAACAGAUGGGCAGAAGGGAAAAAUUGGCAGGAUAGGCGCUCCUGGCUGCAAAGGUGACCCCGGCGACAAGGGUCCUGAUGGCUAUCCUGGAAGUUUUGGGGAACCUGGUCUUGCAGGGGCUCCAGGAGAAAAGGGCGAUCCAGGUCGUCCAGGAAGAUCAGGUCCACUUGGGCCAGUUGGAGAUCCUGGACCCAAAGGAGAGAGAGGAAGUCCCGGAUCACCUGGAAUUCCUGGCCAGAAAGGAUCUGCUGGUACAGCUGGAGGACCUGGACCUAAAGGCGACCCUGGAAGACGAGGAGACUUUGGGCCUAAAGGCAGCACCGGAAAUAAUGGGCCAAAAGGAGAAAAGGGUGAACCAGGUUCUGAGGGACCCAGGGGUCUUGCAGGCGAAAUUGGCAACAAAGGAGCCAAGGGGGAUAACGGACUUCCAGGACCAAGAGGCCCACCAGGAGCUCCUGGAGAACCAGGCAGAAAUGGUUCCCAAGGUGACGCAGGUGAUUCUGGCCCUAGAGGUGAUCCUGGCCCUCUAGGACCAAAGGGUGAUUCUGGCAGACCUGGAUUCAGCUAUCCUGGACCAAGGGGACCUACGGGUGACAGGGGUGAUAAAGGUGCACCUGGUCCCAGGGGAAGUAGAGGAGACUGCGGACCAAAGGGCGACCCAGGUUCAAAGGGGACUCCCGGAGAGCCGGGAGAGCCCGGGCCUCCAGGAGAACCUGGACGAAGGGGGCCUAUAGGGGACCCAGGAAGAGAUGGUGACCAUGGACAAGAGGGAGACCCUGGCCUUACUGAAUGUGAUGUGAUGAGCUACAUCAGAGAGACCUGUGGAUGCUGUGACUGUGAAAAGAGAUGUGGUGCCCUGGAUAUUGUGUUUGUGAUUGACAGCUCUGAAAGUGUGGGGUUGACCAACUUCACCCUUGAGAAGAACUUUGUGAUCAACACCAUCAACAGACUGGGCUCAAUAGCAAAAGAUCCCAGUUCUGAAACAGGCACUCGAGUUGGUGUUGUCCAGUACAGUCACAAUGGAACAUUCCAGGCCAUCCGCCUCAACGACUCCAGGAUUGACUCAAUGUCCGCCUUCAAAGACGCCGUGAAGAAGCUUGAGUGGAUCGCUGGAGGAACGUGGACACCUUCUGCCCUGAAGUUCGCCUACGAUAACCUGAUUCGCGAUAGCCGUCGUGCGAAGGCUAAUGUAACAGUGGUUGUGAUCACAGACGGCCGGUACGACCCUCGUGAUGACGACAAACUGCUCAAUUACCUCUGCAAUGACGCCAGCAUUGACGUGAAUGCCAUCGGUAUUGGUGACAUGUUUGACCAGCCAGAGGAGAACGAAAGCCUCAAGUCCAUUGCUUGCAGAAAAGAUGGAAGAGUUAUGGGAAUGAGGCGUUUCGCUGAUCUGGUUGCAGAGGAUUUCAUCGAUAGGAUUGAGACUGUACUCUGCCCAGAUCCAGUGAUCGUUUGUCCUGAUCUUCCAUGUAAAAGUGAUGACGCCCUUGCAGAGGAGUGGAAGGACAGUCCCAUCCCAACCACUGUACUAAGCGUCUCAAACUUAUUCAACAAUCUACAAGAGGCCAAACACCCCGAUACCUACACCAAGGCUGUAGCUACAUUGGCUUACGCAGCCCAGAUGGCUAAACUGUCCUCUGAACCUGACAAACAGAGAUGGACCGAACUGUUCAUUGACUCAUUUAGAGUGAUCUAUUCCGAUAUGAUGGGAGACCCAAACAAAGCUCUUGGCUUUUGUUAGAAAGCAUGAUUGGGCAUUUCCAACAAAUUCAAACUGAUAGCUUGACUAAAAGAAUAAACUUGGUCUCACCUGUAGAGUUGUUAAGUAAAAAGCUAGCUGGUCUAUGCAUGAAUAUGGUAUUUGCGUUAACAAUAAUCGAAUGCCAUUGCUAAUACCUCCCUUAAAGAUGUAACAUUUAAUUUGCAAGAAAUAGCAUGUAAAAUAGUUAACGUUGUGGCCAGUUAUCAGCCACUUACAUUUGUUUGCUAGCCUCUGCUAAAAGCAAUUCGCUGCUACAAAAAUGUGAAAUGGCAACCUUUGCCUCUUGACCUCAAUGCCUGCUGCUCUGUAAUCUUUUUUUUUUUCAUUCAAAUAUGCGAAAUGAACACAUUUUGAAUAGAUGCACAGAUUUUUCGACACUUUGCUUGCAUAGCAUGCUCUCAUUAGCUUAUCCUGUUUUGCUUGAUUCCUCAAGGCUCCUUAGGAUUUGAAGGCAUUUUGAUCUUUUAUAAAUGCUUUGGGGUUGUGAAUAUCAAAGAUAUAAUGGUAACUGAUAAAUGAAGGGUUAGUUUACAUUAAAAAUUUAAAUUCUGUCAUCAUUUACUUACGUUGUUCAAACCUGUACGACUUUCUUUCUUUCAAUGGAACACAAAAGGAAAUGUUGAUCUUUUUCUAAAAAGUGAUCAGGGGUUGUCAAACUCCAGAAAGGAAAUAAAAACUCCAUAAACGUGUCGUAACGUAGUACAUCAAAAAUCAGAAAUUCAUACAGGUUUUGAAUGACAUAUCCAGAUAAUGAUGACUGAAUUGUAAUUUUUUGCUUGAUCUAUUACUUUAAAGCAUCUAUAAAUUAAUGAAGAAUUCAUUUUGAGACUAUAUUCAUAUCAGUUUUGCACUUUGCACAUUAAGGCUGAAGUCACAAGCCUGUAGCUUCGUAUAGGUUAGUGAAAUAUCAGUGGAGCUUUUUAGUGCUGCUUUACCAUGGUCAACUUUCAAAUACCUACCAUAUUUUACACAAAUAAUUGGUAUGAUAAAUUAAGGAUUUUUUAUAAACUGCUUUACCAAUUCUAUAGCAUAUUGUUUUAUUCCUUAAAAAUAGUUUAGUAUUUUUUCUGGUUAAAUUUAUUUUUUAAAUUCCCCCCAAAAGUUAAACUGCUAUUUAGGCAACAGAAAGCUUUUAGAGAGUAUCUGACAUAUCUUUGUAAUAGCAUUUAUGUAGUACAACGGCAAUUCAGUAAUACUUUUUGUUACCUCCUUAUAUAAAUGUUAAUGUCCAUUUAUGUUUGAUGAUUAUCUCAGUGAAUCUUUUUCAAUGGAAAUACAUAUCAAUGUAAAUUAGCUAUGAGCAUCCUGAUACUGACCAUCCGUGAGUGAAAGAAAAAUGGACUAAGAAUGUUUUUCAGUCUGCCAUUAUAGAAAAUAAUGAGAUUUUUCUUGGUCAUGCAAGAUUACAGUAUGUAUAUUUAGUAGUAAGUAUUAUACAGUAUAUGUAUACUGUAUAUCAGAAAUGUGCAAUGAAAAAAUGGCAAGCUCUUGGACUGCAAGAAAUGCAACUUGAAUUAUUUCUCACAAAUAAAUAAUGUAUCUUUAGCAAUGAAA